GCAGUUUGCAACUUAUCCCUUGUAGCAAAUCAACAAGAUUAAUUCCAGGUCAUCAAAAAAUUGUGUAGGAAAGUUUUCUAUAAAAAUUAAUUAAAAUACAUAGCACAGCUCAUAGUAGAGUCGAUAAAAUCAUUAAAUAGUAAAAGAACUCCAAGCUAUCUAACAAUGGUUUUGAUAUCAGCAGCAGUAUGCACGAAAUCAGGCAAAACGAUUGUCUCGAGACAAUUUGUUGAGAUGACAAAAUCCAGAAUAGAAGGUCUUUUAGCUGCAUUUCCCAAAUUGAUGACAUCCGGAAAACAACAUACAUUCGUAGAAACGGAAUCUGUAAGAUAUGUAUAUCAGCCAAUGGAAAAACUAUACAUGUUGUUAAUUACUACAAAGGCUAGUAACAUAUUAGAGGAUCUUGAGACUCUUCGAUUAUUCUCAAAAGUUAUUCCAGAAUACUGUCGAACUCUUGAUGAAAAAGAUAUCCUUGAUAAUGCAUUCAACUUGAUUUUCGCAUUCGAUGAGAUUGUCGCUUUGGGAUAUAGGGAAAGUGUCAAUUUGGCACAGAUUAAAACAUUCGUUGAGAUGGAUUCACACGAAGAAAAAGUAUUUCAGGCAGUUCGUGAGACUCAAGAGAAGGAAGCUAAACAGAAAAUGCGAGAAAAGGCGAAAGAAUUGCAACGUCAGCGUAUGGAAUCUCAAAAGAAAGGCAUUCCAAUGCGUAGCUAUGGAAAUAGCAGUGACAGUUUUGGUGUAUCAAGUAGCAUUUCAUCAUCAUCAAGUCCAACAAUUGGAAUUGCUGAUAUUCCAAAGUCAACUCCAACAAUUUCUUCAAAAACUGCACCAACGAAAAAUGCACUAAAAUUGGGUGGAAAGACUCGAGAUGUCGAUUCCUUUGUUGAUCAGCUAAAGAGUGAAGGUGAAAAGGUAACUACUUUGACAUCAACUGCUAAUACCAUAGCGUCGACAGUCGCUCAAAUUCGUCCAAAAUCGGAUAUUCAAAUGGAUGAAGUUCAUUUACGUGUUGAGGAUAAAUUAACAGUAAGAAUAGGUCGUGACGGUGGAUUGCAAACAUUUGAACUUGCCGGCUUAUUAACAUUGCGUGUAUCGGAUGAGAAAUAUGGAAGAAUUAAGAUAUUUUUGGAUAAUAAUGAUCAACGUGGAAUUCAGCUUCAAACUCAUCCAAAUAUCGAUAAGGAUUUAUUUAGAAAUAAGAGUCAGAUUGGCUUAAAAAAUCCAGCAAAACCAUUCCCAAUGAAUACGGAUGUAGGAGUUCUUAAAUGGCGUUAUACUACACAAGACGAAAGUGCUGUGCCAUUAACCAUUAAUUGCUGGCCAUCAGAAAAUGGCGAAGGAGGAUGUGACGUGAAUAUUGAAUAUGAAUUAGAGAAUACAAAGCUUGACUUACAAGAUGUGACAAUAGCGAUUCCAUUGCCCAUGGGUGUGACUCCAUCAAUAACUGAAUGCGAUGGCGAAUAUAAUCACGAUUCACGUAAGCAUCAACUUCUUUGGAAUCUACCUGUUAUCGAUGCAUCAAAUAAGCAAGGAGCUAUGGAAUUUUCAGUAGGAUCUUCAAUUCCUGGAGACUUUUUCCCUGUUACUCUAUCAUUUGUCUCAAAGACACUUUAUGCUGACUUAAAACCAGCACAAAUAACAUUUGUUGAUGAUGAAUCGAAUCAUGUUAAGUAUUCAAUCGAGACAGUCCUGUAUGCUGAAAAAUAUGAAGUAGUUUAAGAGAUUGUUAAAUUUGUGCUGGACAUUAUAAUUAUUUUUUUAAAAUAUUUUAUCUACUAUACUAUGCAAGAAAAAUCUUCCCACACACAUAAUUAAUUAUUAUUGUAAAUCCAAUUUGGUUCUAGAUUAAUAAAAAUGAAAAUGCUAAAAA